AUGGCCAAUAAUUUUGAUUCAUCAAAAUAUACAGAUAAUAAAGCAGCGGCAAGUUUGAACAUACAAGAUGACAAAAAUAAAUCAAAUACCAAUAGCAAUUCACAGCGUUCUGCGUAUAAAAAUGUUUGGACGCGUCAACCAUCAAGUGACGCGGACAAACAAACGAGUUCACCCGAUGAACAGCAAUCUCCAGUUUUUAUUAUAGAACAAAAAACAAAACCAUAUUGGGAAACUGGAGAAGGUUCUUCUGAAGAAUGGAAUCAAGAUCAAUUGGAACGUCACCAUGGCAAUCUCAUUAUACUAAUACAAGAUAUGUUAAGUGAAAAAUCUGUAACAGAUUAUAAUUUUUUUUCCAAGGAUAAUUAA